AUGGCGCGCCUCGGGAUCCUCAACGAGGAAACGAACCCGGGAACCCGCCAAAUCCACGUCAUACCUCUGAUGGCCCCCCCAAGUUGCCCACGUGGCACCGCGCGAAUUGGGCUGGAAAUGGCGACUGAAGUGGUUGCUUCUUCCGCUGCUGCUGCUUGCUGUUACGGCGGCGAAGGUUGGUCCCGGACGGCGGUGUAUCGCGACGGAGAGGACUCGCAGGCUUUCCGCAUCUCAAAACUUGCGGAUCAUGGCUCGAUUUCAUUUGGGAGAUACGAAUCGGAGGGUCUAGCUUGGGAGAAGUUCUCAGUGUUCUCUCCCAACAGGCGCAAGGAGGAUGUGGAGAAGUCUACUGCGCCAGGUUUUGUUGCUCAGAAGAAGGCCUAUUUUGAGGAAUACUUCAAGGGGUUCAGAGCUAUGAAAGGGUUGUUCAAACGGGAAUCCGGGGUAGAGAGCAGCAUCAGGACAGGGAAAGAAAACGGCGCUGAGAUGAUCGAUCAUGACUCGACGAAAUGGGGAAGCUGCAGCAGUAGCAGCUAUGCUGUGCCAAUUCAGGUUCUGGAGAAGGAGGAUAAUGCAGAUCUUGUUUCUGAACACAAUGUUUCCACAAUGACGAGGGGUGAGUGUGGGAAAGGUAAAGGUCAAUCUCAAGGAGAUGGUUCCUCCAUUGGGAAUCCAGAUGCCUUACUAAAAGAUGGCUUAAAGUGCUCCAAAAACGGGAAUCGUGCAAAACAAGCAAAGAAACAGAUCUCUGCCAAGGGGUCUGUUGCUUCAGUUGCAAGCAUACCGAAAUUGGGUACAGAUUUGGGGAAGAGGUCUGGGGGAUUGAAGCCAUCUGUGAGUCGAAGUGUUACGACGAAGCUGGUGAAAGAAAUUAAUCCUGCCCAGGCUUCCACGAGCACUAAAUCCAACCAUGCCCGUUCCCUUAGGGAACUUGGUGAAGUUCAGAAGAGUACAGCCAGUGGUGUUCACGUGAAAUCUACAAGAGAGAAGAUGGUCUCGCCUACAAAGACCAAAACCAGCCUAGUGAAGCCAAAUGUAACUUCAACUAGUUCAGGAAAGCUUCCAGUAUCUGCUCAGAACACGAAAGGGACCACCAUCACUGGCCAUCAGAAGAGACCAAGUCUUGCUAACAGGAACUGCAAUGAAGUUGGCAAGAAGUCAUUAAGCCCUAGUGGUUGCCAAAGUGGAGGUGAACCAGAGAACCUGAGGCCAAAAGCCAUGUCAACAGAUCCUGCUGCCAACAAUGCAUCAAAAGCUGGGGCCAAGUCUGCAAGGAUCACCGGGAGGGGAGAAAAGGCGGAAAAGGGGAUGACUGCACCCAAUGCUCGAAUCGGAAGAGAACCCAAGCCUUCGCCAUCUAAAGUGAGAGUCAUUCAUAAGACAUCAAAAGACAACACUGAGCAUAAGAUUUCUUCAUCAAGAGUAGGCUUGCCGAACGAGAUGAAGGAAACAAGACAGCGGAUUCCAACUUGGCGUAGAGUUUAACAUAAUAUUUCGGGAAGGUGACACACUCCAGGAAGCUGGCAGAAGAUAAAUGUCAAAUUUGAGAUGAAUUCUACUCGAAGAUAAACAUCUGAGCAAGUGCUGGGUACUAAUAGCAUAGCAGAUUAGUAACUAUUGAAUCGUCAACAAGCUAACUGCAAAGCCAGUAUCGCAAUGCUGCAUUCCUCCUGGAGAAGUACAACUGACGGAGUUCACCAUGGGCUGAUAGAAGAAAAGACCGUAACACGAAUAUAACCAAGCUCGAGCAGACCAGAAUGGUCUUCUGAAGAUGCUACUUCUCUUUGUCAAUCCACAUACUGAAUAUGAGCUUUGAAGUCAAAUCUGUUCUUUUUCUCUGAUAUCAUUUCUGCAAGUUGAGCCCCAUUUCUUGGUACAUAUCUUCAAGAUCAAGCAUCGUCUCCCCCAUGGAAGAUUCUCUCUCUUGCUUUGGAUGCCUGCCAUGAACACACACACACACAGACACGACAGGAGGUGAGUAUAUUCAUUGUUCAGCAUGAUCUUACAGUACAUUUCUCCUACAAACAGGACAACUAUGAACUAUGUUAAAUGCUUGAACUUGAAAAAAACCUGUUGUUGCCAAUCUGUGAGAGCUAUUCUGAAAGCAAACAUUGUUGCCUGCACAAAUGAUCCACUUGCCAGUCCUAUCAACAAUCCCUUCCCACCUAUGUGCACAACAAAAGCCAACACUACAGCUACCGGU